AUGGUUACAAUGGAUAUGAUGAAAACCUUUGAUAAAUUAUAUGUGGCUGCAGUGGCCCUUUUCAUUUACUUUCUUUCCAUGUCCAUUAAAACAAUCUAUGGCCUUAGAAUUGAGCUCGUUCCAAGAACCUCAGUUGAUUCAGUUUUGUUCCCAAAGAAUCUUACCAUAGAAGAGAUACAUCAGAGAAUUGUAGAUCUCUCUCGAGCUCGAACAUUUCAUCUGGCAUCCGCAUCUGUUGCCAAGUCCUCCCAAAACACACUCAACCGUGAGCCUGAAACAUUAAAACCUCCAAUUUCUUCUUCUCCUCUUGCUAUUCUUUACUUAACAAAGAUGUCCAUCGGUUCAUCAAAGUUCUCACCUUACUUGGUUGUGGACACUGGUGUUUAUGAUACAUGGCUUCAGUGUGAAGGAUGCAAAAGUUGCUUUCCAGUGAAGGGAGGAAGCUUUUCCGCCCAACAGUCCAAAAGUUAUCAUGCGUCGAGUUGUAAUGACCCUCUUUGUUUCGACAAAUCUUGUUUCAGAAACUUAUGCUCAUAUAACUGGAUGUACAGGGAUGGUGGUUUACUUAAGGGGGUGCUCGGAACAGACAGUUUCACUUUCAACGGAGGUAACAGCACAGGCAUAACAUUUCCAACUCUAGCAUUUGGUUGUGCAUAUGAAAGUCAGAACAUAAUUUUUGGUGGAUACAUAGGAAGCGAAAAUGUGAUAUCAGGCGUGUUUGGUCUAGGGGCAGGGCAACGAUCAAUCCUGAAGCAACUAGAGACUGUAACCGACCUUCGAUUCUCUUAUUGCCUGCCUUCAUGGACUUUUCCUAAUGGAAGCAGCACUUUCCUGAGAUUUGGCCCUGAUGCACAGAUUACCGGAGACGAUAAACGAAAAGUACAAACAAUAAGCCUCAUGCCUAAUAUGUCAAGAUAUUAUGUGAAUGUGACAGGAAUUAGUGUUGAUGAGAAGAGACUUGACAUUAAUCCAGGAUUGUUUAAGCUGAAAAAUGAUGGUUCGGGUGGAUUUGCCAUUGAUUCAGGAGUGGGGCCAACUCUUCUCGUUCCUGAUGCAUAUAGCGUUUUGAGAACCCAGAUGAUCAGGAAUUUUUUCAGAUAUGCUUGGCAUCCUAUAGAAGGAAAGGAAACACCUUAUGACCUUUGCUUUAAAGCUGCUUCUUCAGCUGGCAAUAUUGAUGUUAAGAUCCCAUCAAUGACAAUCCAUUUCCAAGGAGGUGAUCUUGCUGUGGGUUCUAAUUCUGUCUUUGAAUCCAUUGACGGUCUCUUGUGUUUGAUUUUCCAACCUACUGAACAAUUAGGACCAAACCUCCUGGGGGCAUUUCAGCAAGCCAAUAAUCGUUUCUUGUUUGAUGUUAAAAAAUCUACUGUGUCCUUCGUUCCUGAGACAUGUAAUGAGAAGUAA